UGGGCUCAUCUGUGCUUACCAAAUGGGCAGACUGCAAGAACAGUGUGGAGAGAAACUGAGAAACCUGCUGAGAAGGUUUGCAUUUCACACAAUGUCAAGCUUGUGUUGGAUGGUGAGAUUUGCCUUGCUGAAAUUCUUUACUUUACCUGUCUAGCUGUUGUAGAUGGCUUAGAUGAAGAUGGAGAACAGAUUUUUCAUUGGCAGGCCGUUGUGCUUGUCAUGAUGGAUUCCUGUCCAGAUUGUCACCUUCUCAAGCUCUCCUUUCAUGCUGUAAGUUCAUGCAAACCCAUUGAGGAUGAUAUUCGUAUCAUAGAUGUGAAAUCCAUUACUGAUGUCAUUGGCAUGGUGCCCCACCGACCCAAUCUACCAUCUGGGGUGACUGAGGACAGAUUUCUUUUAGUUGAGAAACCAGGACUUGAUAUUGUGACAUUU